AUGUUCGCCAAGCUCACCUCUACCGUCGUCUCAUUCGCAAUCCUUGCCGUCGCCACCGCGGCCCCGAACAACACGCCCACGGCCCCCGCUGCCCCCGCGCCCUCCGCUCCCGCCGGCGGCGCUGGCGCUGGCUCGUGCAGCACCGGCGCACUCCAGUGCUGCCAGUCCGUCGAGUCGGGCAGCAGCGCAGCUGUAGCGCCCAUCCUCGCCGCGCUCGGCGUCGUCCUCCAAGACGUGAACAUCCCGGUCGGCCUGUCUUGCUCCGACAUCACGGGUGUCGGCGUCGGCGGCGGCAACAGCUGCUCUGCCAACACCGUCUGCUGCGACGACAACAGCUUCGGUGGACUGCUCUCCGUCGGCUGCCUACCGGCCUCCCUCUGA